UUCUUAGAGUUGUUGGAACGGAAUCUUAGCCAAUUACUCCGAGAAGAAAGUUCAACAAAACCAAAGCUCGCAAUAGUGGUUGCGUUCUCCUAAGCUCUGCUCUCUCUUCUUCAACAACUCCUUUUCUUUUCCUUUCCUGUCACAGGUCUUCCAGUCUCUUCUCAUUUUUUUUCUCGUAAAUUCCCUGGAAAGCCUCGCAAUUUUUUUCUCGAGAAAAUCUCAAUGGCUAAGAAGGCAGGAAUCUUUGAUUUGGAGACCCACUUUGCCUUCUACGGUGCAUAUCAUAGCAAUCCAGUUAACAUUUUGAUACACACAUUAUUUGUGUGGCCAAUCUUCUUCACUUCUCUUAUGCUCUUCUACUUUACACCUUCGAUAUACGAUAUAUCUCAGAUUGGGCUUGGUGGUCAUGGGUUGUUGCUGAAUUUUGGCUUCUUUUUCACUCUAACCUAUGCUUUGUUUUACGUGUGCUUGGAUAAGAAAGCUGGAACUCUGGCUGCUCUGCUCUGCUUUGCGUGUUGGGUUGGUGCCAGUUUCAUUUCUGCGAGGCUUGGGUAUUCUUUGGCUUGGAAGGUUGUGCUGGCAGCACAGUUGUUUUGUUGGACUGGACAGUUUCUAGGCCAUGGGGUGUUUGAGAAACGGGUUCCUGCUAUUCUUGACAACCUUGCACAAGCCCUUCUAAUGGCUCCUUUCUUUGUAUUGCUUGAGGUUAUUCAAUCGGCCUUUGGAUAUGAACCAUAUUCAGGGUUUCAUGCAAGCGUUAAAGCAAAAAUAGAUGCGGAGAUCAAGGAAUGGAAGGAUAAUAAACAAAAGAAAUCCACUUAGCUUACAGAGUCACCAAACAGACAAAAAUUGUGCACUUCAACUUCUAAGCACAAUGGAAAAUUUGUCUAGUGAUGUUGUAGUAUGAAACUAGAGACAUCUUUUAUGUACUGCAAGGUUUCUUGGAGUUCUUGGACAGUUCUUAUUGCCAACACCAGGAACAUGUCUAAGAUCUCUAAAACUCACAAAUUGUUCAAAUGCUCUGUUGUGAACAUUUCCCAAUUUCAGCA